UGUAUUUUUCAUUCAAUCGUAGUUGUUGGCACGGAUUAAUUUUUUGUUAAUUUUUUUUAACUAGAAAACGAUUUAACAUUUUUUAACAACAAUUUUUAAGACCCAAAAACAAGAAAUUUUCCAUAAAUUUCAUAAACAACGAGUUAAACAACCUUCAAAUAUAAUGUUUUAUUAAUAAAAGUGUUAAAAAAUUCCUCUUUUUUUAAAUCUCUUUCAUAGUUUGGUUUUACACUCUCUCUUUCACACUCUCAAUAAUUUGUUUAACAAAAACCUACAUUUCUAACGAAUAUUUCUUUGUGUGCCUUUAAGUGCUGUAGAGAAGAACAACAAGAACAAAAACAAUAUGCAGUUUUUUCAAGUUUUAGCCACAUUUACCCUUUUAAGUUUGUCUACACAUAAAUGUUUAGUAAACAGUAAUUCCGCUCCAGGCGAUAAUAAAGCGGGCGGUAAUCGUUUCAAUACCCACCUAAGUGCAGUAGACAGUGGUGGUCAACCGCCAACGCCUAGCAAUCAUCCUAGAUAUCAGCACAUACCACCACAUCAGCAGCAACAACCGCAUCAUCAACAACAUCACAGUCAGCAUCAGUAUGCGGGCCAUGGUGGUGGUGGUGGGGGUGGACACAAUAUGGUGGGUAGCGGCAUACAUCAUCCCUCACAUGGAGCUGUUAUAGGUAGUCCGCAUAUUUAUCAUCCAGCUCCUAAUAGUGGUCAUGCUGAACCUAAAAAUACCUACAAUCUAUUAAGUGAGGCCAUGUCUCAGGCUGUUAGCAAUGAAUUCAGCUCUCUUGGCAGCGGUUCAGCGGAUGGUGCUUGUCAUGCCGAUGAUCUUGAUUGUUAUAAUGAUCAAGAUCGUUUGGGCAUGGAAGCAAUUAGAAGUUUACAUCGUCAAUUAGAUGACGACGAUAAUGGCAAUAUUGAUUUAAGUGAAUCUGAUGAUUUUUUGCGCGAAGAACUUAAAUACGAUUCGGGUUAUGAGAAACGUCAAAAAGCUUUCCAUUUCAAUGAUGACAUGCAUAUAUCGGUUAAAGAAUUGUGGGAGGCCUGGCUAAGAUCAGAGGUUCAUAACUGGACUACCGAACAGACCACCGAUUGGUUGGCUCAAUCUGUACAACUUCCUCAAUAUGUGGACUUAUUUAAGCAGCACAAGGUGUCGGGCGCAAGUUUGCCAAGAUUAGCAGUUAAUAAUAUGCAUUAUGUCAGCAAUGUUUUGGGCAUUAAAGAUCCCAUACAUAAACAAAAAUCCUUAAAGGCCAUGGAUGUGGUCCUAUUUGGACCACCCAGAGAGACUGGAACGCGUUGGAAAGAUUACAUUUUAGUAACUUUACUAUUAAGUGCUAUAAUUGGUUGCUGGUAUGCUUAUCAGCAAAAUAAAAAUGCUAAAAGACAUUUAAGACGCAUGGCUCAAGAUAUGGAGGGUUUGCAAAGAGCUGAACAAAGUUUGCAGGAAAUGCAGAAGGAAUUGGAACGUGCUCGUUUGGAGCAAGAGAAUGUUGCUACUGAAAAAAUGGACUUGGAAAGACGUCUCAAAGAAGUCCCCACUUUAACGUCCUCAAAUUCAGAUCUCGAAGUCCAACAGCUUAAAAAGGAAAUAGAAAUGUUACGCACUGAAUUGUCAAGAGCAGAAAUUGAAUUAGUCGAUAAUUGUUGGGCACCACCGCCUCAACUACAGUCCUGGCUACAAUACACCUAUGAACUGGAAAGUAAAAAUCAUUUAAAGAAACGUGUUUCUGCUGAAAAACAAUUACAAUCGGCUCGUGAGGCUUGUGAGAAAUUACGCAAGAAACGUUCGAGUUUAGUGGGUGCUUUCGUUUCGACUCAUGGCAAAAGUAUCGAUGAUGUAGAUCGUUCGAUUGUUGAGGCUCGAAAUUCAUUGGGAGAAGUUACGAAUGAGUUGCAAGAACGUUUACACAGAUGGAAACAAAUUGAACAGUGUUUGGGUAUGAAUAUUGUCAAUAAUAAUGGUUUACCUUAUUUGGAGAGUGUCUUGUAUGGUCGUAAUGGCGGUGGUGGUAGUGGUUCUUCGGUUAAGAGUUCAAGAGCACGCAUUACCAGCAGCUCCGAUGAUUUAGAUGAUGAAUCUGUUCAAGGUUUAAUUGAUGGUUACAGUCGGAAUUCUGGUCUAAGUGCUUCCACACUCUUAAAUAGUAGUUCGACAAUGGGACGAGAUGAUUCAUCGGGUAGUGAGGAUAAUAUCGAAUCACAAUCGGUGCAAUUUUAUUUGGGCAAUGCACCACCGACCCCCAUGCUAACAGCUGCACCAGCAAUAACACCACGUACCCCCCUGCAACAGGCACCAUUUGAAGUUAUGAAUCAUGUGGGCAAUCAUAAUCAUACGAAUAGUGCAACAGUGGCGGCCAUUGCCUCGGCUGCAGCAGCAACUGCACAACAGCAACAACAGCAUGCUUCUAACAAUGACAGUGUUAUACAUGAUUUAAAUCGUCAUAGUCCUUCGGUUUCAUCGGAACGUUCAGAUCGUUCUAUACCCGUACCACCGCGUACCAAAAAACACGCUCAUACAAAUUCGAUUUCGUCUACCAACUCGUCAGCUACGACAACGACUACAACACAUAGUGUAACAUCAGUACCCCCACCGCCACCUCCAAGUGGUCCCAUAGGUCGCGCACCUUUACCUCCACCUCGUAAAUCAAAUCAGAGAAACCAAAAACAAACAUCUACAUAAAUUUCUACUAUAACUACGUGUGCUACUACAUUAAAAUAAAUAAAUAGACUUGAUUAAAAAUACUAUUAUUACUACUACUAAAUGCUACUACUACUUAAUACUACUUUACCUAUUGUAUUAUAAUAAUUAUAGAAUU